UAUAAUAACGCAUUUUCAGUUUGUGUUUUGCGUGGGGCCGCGCGGGGGGUCGCCGUGGCGGAUGACACGCGGCGCGUGUAGUGAUUUAUGCGACGGAUUUUGGACAGCAACGUGAGCGCGUGCAGCGUGCAUGAUGGCGCGCGGCGGUGAUGAGCCGUUUCCCAGCGACCGCAGCCUCCGUCCCCCCCGCAGUCGCCCGCUCCGUCUGUGAGCUGAGCAUGCCAGCGCGUCCGCAGCGCUCUCCCGGCCCCACGCACCAGCUCCAAACAUGUAUUUCCACAGACGAUCGAAGAAGAUUCACAGCGAAGGAGAGCAGUUAGUGUUGACCCCCAUUAGCCAGGACUGUGCGCUCGGCGAGGACCCUCCCCUGGGGGCCAGGAUGCGCUCCCAUCUCACUGACAGCUUUGAUAAAAGACCCGCUUGCUCGUCCGCUGGGUACCGCAAGGCAGAAGAUGAGAUGUCGGGAACCACGUCGCAGGCGGACCCGAUAGACCCGGCGGCUCGGACGGUCCUUCUCAACCAGCCGCAGAUAACAAAGUUCUGUGACAACCACGUCAGCACGACAAAGUAUGGGGUCCUGACGUUCCUGCCUCGCUUCCUGUAUGAGCAGAUCCGCCGUGCAGCCAACGCCUUCUUCCUGUUCAUCGCUCUGAUGCAGCAAAUCCCGGACGUGUCUCCCACGGGCCGGUACACCACACUGGUGCCUCUCAUCUUCAUCCUGACCGUCGCCGGAAUCAAGGAGAUCAUCGAGGACUAUAAGAGACACAAGGCAGACAACACUGUCAACAAGAAGAAGACAACAGUGCUGCGGAAUGGAACAUGGCAGACAAUAAUCUGGAAGCAGGUGGCAGUUGGAGACAUUGUGAAGGUCACCAAUGGCCAGCAUCUCCCUGCUGACAUGGUUAUUGUGUCCUCCAGUGAGCCUCAGGCCAUGUGCUACACUGAGACCUCCAACCUGGACGGAGAGACCAACCUGAAGAUCCGACAGGGGCUCUCCAUCACUGCAGGUAUUCAGUCUCAGGAGGAGCUGAUGAGUUUGGCAGGACGGCUGGAGUGUGAGGGACCCAACAGACACCUGUACGACUUCACCGGGACCCUGAGGCUGGACAACCAGAACCCUGUUCCUCUGGGCCCGGACCAAGUGCUGCUGCGAGGCGCCCAGCUAAGGAACACCCAGUGGGUUGUGGGAAUUGUAGUCUACACUGGACAUGAUUCCAAGCUCAUGCAGAACUCCACCAAGGCCCCUCUGAAGCGCUCCAACGUGGAGAGAGUCACCAACAUGCAGAUCCUGGUGCUGUUCUGCAUCCUCCUGGUGAUGGCGCUAGUGAGCUCCAUCGGAGCAGCCAUCUGGAACAAGCAGCAUACUGAGGAAGCCUGCUGGUACCUGUCCCGCGCAGGUGAUAUUUCCACCAACUUCUGGUACAAUCUGCUGACCUUCAUCAUCCUGUACAACAACCUGAUCCCCAUCAGUUUGCUGGUCACCCUGGAGGUGGUACGCUUCACACAGGCCCUGUUCAUCAACUGGGAUGUGGAGAUGUACUACGCAGAGACAGACACACCUGCCAUGGCCCGCACCUCCAACCUCAACGAGGAGCUGGGACAGGUGAGGUACCUGUUCUCUGACAAGACGGGGACUCUCACCUGCAACAUCAUGCACUUCAGGAAGUGCACCAUCGCAGGCAUCACGUAUGGGCACUUCCCAGACCUAGACUGUGAUCGUUCCAUGGAGGACUUCAGCCAUCUUCCCUCCAGCAGUCAUAACUCCACAGAGUUUGAUGACCCGGCCCUUAUUCAGAACAUUGAGAAGAAUCACCCCACUUCUCCUCAGAUCUGUGAGUUUCUCACCAUGAUGGCUGUGUGCCACACUGUCGUUCCUGAGCGAGAGGGAGACCAGAUCAUCUUCCAGGCCUCGUCCCCAGAUGAAGGUGCUCUGGUUAAAGGAGCAAAGAGUUUGGGCUUCGUCUUCACUGCCAGGACGCCUCACUCUGUGAUCAUCGAAGCGAGGGGGAAGGAGCAGAGCUACGAGCUGCUCAACGUGCUGGAGUUCUCCAGUAACCGUAAGCGCAUGUCUGUAGUGGUCAGAACUCCCAACGGGAAACUGCGUCUCUACUGCAAAGGAGCAGAUAAUGUGAUCUUUGAGCGUUUAGCAGCAGACUCCCAGUACAAAGAGCUCACUGUGUCACACCUGGAGCAGUUCGCCACUGAAGGUUUGCGCACUCUGUGCUUUGCGUAUGUGGAUCUGGAGGAGGGUGCGUACCAGGAGUGGCUGAAGGAGUAUAACCGCGUCAGCACUGUGCUGAAGGACCGAGCCGUCAAACUGGAGGAGUGCUUCGAGCUGCUGGAGAAGAAUCUGAUCCUUCUCGGGGCCACAGCUAUAGAGGACAAGCUGCAGGCUGGAGUCCCAGAGACCAUCGCCACCCUCAUGAGGGCCCACAUCAAGAUCUGGGUCCUGACCGGGGACAAGCAGGAGACUGCCAUCAACAUUGGUUAUUCCUGCCGGCUGGUGUCGCAUGGAAUGUCCCUCAUCGUUGUGAAUGAGGAUUCGCUCGAUGCGACCCGUGCGGCUCUGACAGCACACUGCGCGGCGCUGGGAGACUCUCUGGGGAAGGAGAAUGAGCUGGCGCUGAUCAUCGAUGGACAGACGCUGAAAUACGCUCUCUCCUUCGAAGUGCGGCAGGCCUUCCUGGACCUGGCGCUGUCCUGCAAAGCUGUCAUCUGCUGCAGGGUGUCCCCCCUGCAGAAGUCGGAGAUCGUGGACAUGGUGAAGAGGCACGUGAAGGCCAUCACUCUGGCCAUCGGAGAUGGGGCCAAUGAUGUGGGCAUGAUCCAGACGGCCCACGUGGGCGUGGGCAUCAGCGGCAAUGAAGGCAUGCAGGCCACCAACUCCUCCGACUACUCCAUCGCCCAGUUUUCCUAUCUGGAGAAGCUGCUGCUGGUUCACGGCUCGUGGAGUUAUAACCGUGUCACCAAGUGCAUCCUGUAUUGCUUCUACAAGAACGUGGUGCUGUACAUCAUCGAGCUCUGGUUUGCCUUUGUGAACGGCUUCUCUGGCCAGAUCCUGUUUGAGCGAUGGUGCAUUGGCCUCUACAAUGUGAUCUUCACAGCACUCCCUCCCUUCACGUUGGGGAUAUUUGACCGUCCCUGCAGUCAGCAGAACAUGCUGCGCUUCCCUCAGCUGUACCGCAUCACACAGAACGCAGACGGGUUCAAUACCAAGGUGUUUUGGGGUCACUGUAUCAAUGCGCUGGUUCACUCCAUCAUUCUCUUCUGGUUCCCACUCAAAGUUCUGGAACACGACUCUGUUUUCGAUAGUGGCCACGGCACUGACUACUUGUUUGUUGGGAAUAUCGUCUACACAUAUGUGGUGGUAACAGUGUGUCUGAAGGCUGGCAUGGAGACCACCGCCUGGACCAGGUUCAGCCACCUGGCAGUGUGGGGCAGCAUGCUUCUGUGGAUGCUCUUCUUUGCUGUGUACUCCGCUAUCUGGCCCACCAUCCCCAUCGCCCCUGACAUGCUGGGACAGGCCGGCCGUGUCAUGCAGUGCUGGAGUUUCUGGCUGGGACUGAUUCUGGUGCCAGCAGCCUGCCUGCUGAAGGAUGUGGCAUUCAGAGCGGGGCGCCGCACCUUCAGGAAGUCUCUGCUGGAGGAGGUGCAGGAGCUGGAGGCACGGGCGGUGGACCCGGGCGCAGCCGUGCUGAGGGACGCCAGCGGCCGCAGUCUGAACGAACGUGCCCAUCUGCUGACCCGUGUCUUUAGGAAAGCCCCCUCCAGCCUGGGACGCUCCAACUCAGUCCAGCAGACCGUCUCACACGGCUAUGCGUUCUCGCAGGAGGAGCACGGGGCGGUGUCUCAGUCCCAGGUGGUGCGCUCCUAUGACACUACCCGCCAGCGCCCGAGCGUGUAGCCCCACCCCGCCCUGCCCACCUGGCCCCG